CCUUUGCUGCGAGGGGCUGAGCAGCGGGCAGGCACCGCCGUCCUCCUCUUCCUCCUCCUCCUCCUCUCUCCGCGCAAGCUGCACCCUCCGCCGGCUUCAAUGAAACUGGCAGCGAUGAUCAAGAAGAUGUGUCCGAGCGAGGCCGAGCUGAGCAUCCCCGCCAAGAACUGCUACCGCAUGGUCAUCCUGGGCUCCUCCAAGGUGGGCAAGACAGCGAUCGUGUCGCGCUUCCUCACGGGGCGCUUCGAGGAGCAGUACACCCCCACUAUCGAGGACUUCCACCGCAAGUUCUACAGCAUCCGCGGCGAGGUCUACCAGCUCGACAUCCUGGACACGUCGGGCAACCACCCCUUCCCAGCCAUGCGCCGCCUCUCCAUCCUCACAGGCGACGUCUUUAUCCUUGUGUUCAGCCUGGACAACCGGGACUCCUUUGAGGAGGUGCAGCGCCUGAAACAGCAAAUCCUGGAGACCAAGUCAUGCCUGAAGAACAAAACCAAGGAGAACAUAGAGGUGCCCCUGGUCAUCUGCGGCAACAAGGGCGACCGGGACUUUUACCGGGAGGUGGAGCCCCAGGAGAUCGAGCAGCUGGUGGGGGGGGACCCCAAGAAAUGCGCCUAUUUCGAGAUCUCGGCCAAGAAGAACAGCAGCCUGGACCAGAUGUUCCAGGCGCUCUUUGCCAUGGCCAAGCUGCCCAGCGAGAUGAGCCCGGACCUGCACCGCAAGGUCUCCGUGCAGUACUGCGACAUCCUGCACAAGAAGGCGCUCAAAGGCAAAAAGCUGCUCAAAGAGGGGGGCCGGGGCAGCGCGGAGGAAGCCUACGGCAUCGUGGCUCCCUUCGCCCGGCGGCCCAGCGUCCACAGCGACCUCAUGUACAUCCGGGAGAAAGCCAUCGGCGGUGGGCACGCCAAGGAGAAGGACCGCUGCGUGAUCAGCUAGGCGCCCCGUCAGGCACCGGCAAAGCGAGCAGGAAGGAGGGAGGGGGGGAAGAUGCUCGUUUCCUAAGUGACUUUGGUGAGACAGGAGGGUGGGCAGGCACCCACCCGGGCAGCGGGGGGAUUUGCCUCUUCCCCAGCCGCCCUCCUCCGGAGGCAUCACUUUCAUCGGCUCCCUCCCCUGGGGCAUUUUUGGGAGAGCGGGCACACGGCGGGGGGCUUUGGCUGGCAGGAGAGGGGUGCUGCUGGGAGCAUCCCCUCUACAGGGAGAGAGUGAAAUGCUGGCCUGCAAGGUGGAAGGAUGUGUGCGGAGGAGACAGAUCUUGUUUCUUACCCUUCCAAACCAUCCAGCCUCUGGCCAGGGCACCGCAUUCAGGAGGGAGGGCAGAGGCCUGCCAGGGCCUGCUUUGUGCUUUUGGGGCUUUUUUUUUUCUGUUUUAACUUGAGAAGCUGUGCACGGACUCUGGCUCUGUGUCGUGUGUUUGUCUGUGUUUGCAAAAGCACGUGCAGAAGACACUCCUAAGCUGUAAAGACUUUGCAGAGUUACAGCCCUAAUGGACCAAAAAGUGACUCUUGUUUACAUAUGUCUUGUCUGAUUUGCAAGAUCGGGGUGGGGGGGGGAUUUUUUUAAUGAGAAAACAAUAGGCACUUUAUGUAGGUAUUGUUUGUCACGGAUAUGAACAAAAAUCUUCAAGUGUUUCUACAGUGGGUGAAACUUGAUGUUAUAUUUUUUCUACAAAACAAUAAAAACAUUUUUAAAAUGA